UGUUUUAGCCUCGAUGUAGUUUGUAUUUUGCUGUUGUAACUCCCAAAAAUGUGACUUCUACUUGCACAUUCCGUGUACGCCCAAAUUUUGAAAGGCCCAAAUCGGAGGUAACAUAGUGGCUUCUUAACUGUCCAUAAGCUGUUGGGUUGAUGCUCUCAAUACGUCGGAGUUUGUCUUUUUUCUUUUCUUUUUGGUAAUCGUUGCUGUUUUUGUUUCUUAUCUCCCACCUGAGGCACGGACGCCACGAUGUUUCAGCUCAGGUUGUUUGUUCACCAGCGCCUGUACGCUGCAGCUGAAGAGAUCCUCGGGCAGAUGGAGAAAACCAUCACGUUAGUUUUGCACGAGGCAGACGUUCGAGCUAAAGAGGAGGCGGAAAGUCUGCGACACCAGCUGAAAUCAGCUGAAGAACUUCCAAUGACCAACAGUGCCGUCCAACAUGGAGAUGAAUGUGACUCCCCGCUGCUGCAGGAGUGCGAGGGACCCACAAACACAGAAGAGUCUGACUUCACACCGAGCCCUGAGAAUCCAGGAACCCCAGAGCCCACUGCAGAUCUAAGCAGUUACAGUGGGAAGUACUGCCUGGUGGAGAGUCCUGAGGUGAAGAUGGAGCAGGAGGAGCAUAGGAAUGAGAGUUUUUUCUCUCCUCCAGGAACUGUGAAAAGUGAGGAAGAACAGUCGGACACGCAAAUAUAUGAAACGCAGAUGCUUUCUUCAUACUUGUCUGCAGCUGUUAGUGAGGAGACGGAGAGAGGAGAACAGGCCAUAACGGUGAAACAGAAAGCAAAGAUGAUGCAAGGAAAACGCAUCAGUGACGGCAAGAAAGCCCAAGCAGCUUUGUCUUAUAAGAACUGCUCGGUUAAAAGGAAAAAAGGUCGCAAGUUUUGCCAUUUGUGCGGGAAGCGUUUUCACUACACCGCCUCUUUAAUGAAGCACAUAAAAACCCACGAGAAUUGUACCAGUUGCGUUAUUUGUGGGACGAAAUACGGGUGUCCCAAAGAACUUGUUUUUCAUUUGAAAAAGAAACACAGAGAUGCAUAUUUUUGUGAUGUUUGCGGUAAAACUUUUUUCAAAGUCCGCAGCCUCCAGACUCACGAAAGAAAACACACACUGACGAAAGAGUUUGUGUGUCAGGAAUGUGGCAAAACUUACCGGUAUAAACACUGUUUGAUUACGCACAUGAGUAGCCAUUCUGGGGAGUAACCAUACCCUUGCGAUAUUUGUGGUAUGCGCUUUAGUCAAAAUUCAAACAUGAACAGACACAAGACCACCCAUAUGGGAGAGAAGCCUUAGCCCUGCUAUAUGUGUUGUUUGCACCUAAUCUCAAGUCACAUUUGCAAACACGUGAAACAAGCAGGGUGAUGAGUGAUCCCUUUUUUUCCCAUCUAGUUGAAACUGGAUAGCUUUUAAUAUCGUCCACUUAACACGACUGUGCCUGAUGUGGUGUCAGAUAACUGCAAUUCGUAAUGUUUGGUUUGCUUUAAAGACCAUUGCAUCAUUUCUACAGCUAUAUGCUGCUGUUGGUUAACAUGAUUUUGCUGUUUUCUUUUGGGUUUUUUAAAAUAAGCCUAGGGGGCUUUUAUGAGUGUAGAGCAACACAUCUGCAGCUCUUGUUGCCCUCUGUGAUGUUGCGGUGUUGUGAGACUAAUUUCCACGGUUGACACUAAGGUUUAACAUCCUACUGUAUAACAUUACAGUGGUCUGCUUGUCUCUGGCUGCAGCCAUGGCGUGCAUACAUUUAUAUGGUAAAUGGUUUUAAAUGUAAUAUUGGUAUGUGUAUUGUCUCAGAUCUGUGGCUAAUGUAGAUACUGUAUGUGGGUUUUUUUCAACAUGUUAUUACUUGAUAAAACUUUGCAUUUUGAUGGAUUAGAGUCUGGGAGUCUUUUGAAUGAAGGGAAAGAAGCUUUUGAUAUAUAUAUUUUUUUAACGAUGUCUUUAUGAUGCCACAAAAUUAGGAAGUUCAGUACAUUUCAUAGGGGCUUAUUUGUUUCUUUGUGUUUCAAUUUUCAACAGUUUUCCUGUUAUUUUGAAUUCCAGUAAAAUUUCCGAGAAAAUGCCUAAAUCAGGAUAAAGAAACUUCAUUUGUUUUUUUGUAUUUAUCAACUACAAUACUUCUUUGACUCAAAGUCAUGAUGUAAUCACAAUAUUUGGUGAGAUUUCGUAAUGAAAAGGCCUUUGUAAAUAUAUUUUUUUUAAAGUGUUAUGAAGAAGACAACAAUCAGAGACUCAGAAAGCCAACACACAUGCAGUAAAUUAAUUAAACUCCUGCCAUUGUGGCAAAAUACCAUUGAAAGUCAUUCCGAUUAUUGCUGUUUCUUUUUUGGUGUGUUGGGAACUAGAUCACCACCCUCCAAAUGAG